CAAUAAAACAUCAAAAUGGCGACACUUCCGGUUAUUGCGCCGCAUUUCGACAUUUUUUUAGCGCAUAAAAACUGUAGAAUUUCUUGAGUUUAGAACAUUUCCAAUGACUUUUCAAUUUCCGAACCUGAUAAUAAGCAUGGAAGUUAUUAACUGGCAAAAUGUUAAAAGCAUUGAGACGUCUUGUGUGGAGAAAACGUUCUCGAAAGCAAUCGAAAUUUGGCUGUUAAAACCACACGUUGUGAACCGGAGACUUUCUGGUGCAGUCGUGCUGUACAGAACGCGCACGAAUGAUGGACUUACGCUAGGGAAACUCAUUCAAAAGUUUUCUACCACAAGUUGUGAAUUAAGUGACAGUUUCUCUGCCCAGUAUAUUGAAACACUGACGAAAGACAACGCUGGUUUAUCCUGUGAUGAAAAUGGCCUUAAAAAUAGCAUCCCAAAAUACUCUGAAAAUGAACAAGAACAUGAAGAACGGAACUCGAGUUGUGACGGUCCUGAAAGUUCUCCACAUUUGACGGAUGAGAAUUCACGAUUUGAGUUGUGUGUUCGGAAACUUGUACCACGAAGCACAGGACAUCGAAAUGGAAGUGCAGAAGAAACAGUGAAUGAAAUAAUCGUCAUUGAUCAUGAAGAAUGUUCAGCCACAUUUAUUCCUCUUCAAAAUGCCUCUGAAGCAUCGAGCGACAGCAGAAACCUGAUGCAGACAGCGUACAGAUUUACUUUCUCUUUGAAGACCUCAAGGAUAAACCUCACUAUUUCGGAGGACUACAAAGAACCAAAGUCCCCCUCCCUAGCAGUGGCAUGCCCGACGAUAGCCUGGCUACAAGACUGCUUGCUGCCCAAGAUAGCCAAAUGGGCAUCGGAAGUCAGCCCCGAUGCGCCAGUCAGGAACUCCCAGGCUCUCGUGUCUAUGGAGCGCUACAGCGCCCUCUACGGCGAACUGAAGAAAAAAUACGGGGCAAAGUUUGUCGAGAUUUGGCCUGAGAACACAGACCCGCUGAAAUUUGUGUACGAGGAUGUUGCCAUAGCAACCUACCUGAUUUCGCUGUGGGAGCAAGAACGAGCUGAGAUGGGAUUAGAGAGUCCCCAGUCCUUCGUUGACUUGGGUUGCGGCAACGGCCUUCUGGUGCACAUACUCAACAGUGAGGGGUAUCCUGGAAAAGGCAUCGAUUUGAGAAGAAGGAAGAUCUGGGAUCUGUAUGGACCAGAGACCAAUCUGGAGGAGUGUUCCAUCACUCCAUCCGAUAGCUUCCUGUUCCCUGAUUAUGAUUGGCUGAUUGGCAACCAUUCAGAUGAGCUGACACCAUGGAUACCUGUCAUGGCUGCGAGAUCAUCCUAUACAACCAGAUACUUUGUCCUGCCCUGCUGCUUUCAUGACUUUGACAUGAAGUUCAUGCGGACUGAUCAGACCAAGACACAGUACCGCGCCUACCUAGACUUUGUGGAGGAGGUCGGAAGAGUGUGUGGCUUCCAAGUUCAGGAGGACAUCCUGAGAAUUCCAUCCACAAAGAGGAUUUGCCAAAUAGGAAGUCAUAGAACCUACACACCAGAGUGGUCGGAAGCUAUUCAUCAGGAGAUUACAGAUUACAUCGCUAGCCGACACUCCUGUAACAGUGAAAAUAAUACUGAAAAUGCAGUGAAUGCUGCUAGUACCUUGACUUGUCAAAUACCAAACACUCACUCAAGCUGUGGUGACCAGACUCAUGUCCUAGAAUCCAAUACAAAGAGUUCAGUCCCGUCCGCCCAGUGGGCUCCUCAUUUUCACCCCCGCGAGAAAAUGGAGCCGGUCCGUAAUUGUGCCAAGGUGGACUAUGAUUUGAGGCAGAUGAUUGUCAACAAGGUGGCUUGUUCCAUACUGACUGAUGCAGGGGUGGAUUUUGCAGACAGUGUGAGGGGAAAGAAAGAGAAAAAGCUGUGGCGAAAAGGAGGCUCUCUGACUUUUGCGGAGAUUGCCAAACUCUUUGACAGCGACACCCUGAAACAGCUGAAGAGCGAAUGCGGAGGCUUGAAGACACUCCUCAAAAAUUCCCACCAAGUUUUCCAAGUGUCCAGUUGCAGCGUUGAGAUAAGAGACUGGUCUGAAGGUGCCCCAACCCAGCGAGCUCACGCCAAGAAGCCGAUGAGAAAAAAUGCUCGCAAGACGGACACCUUCAAGACUCGGCUGUGCUGGUUCCACGCCCAGCACCCCGACGGAUGCCCUCUCUUGGCUAGCCAGUGCCAGUUUGCGCAUGGAAAGGACGAACUGCGGAAAUUAAUGCUGUCUGUGAAAUAGCGCGAUUAUCUGUGGAACUGUCUGAUGUUGUGGAGCACAAAUUUGCACAGUACAGAAAACCAUUGGAAUUUAUACAAGUAUGGGAGCUAGCUGCAUGCAGCUUGGAAAAGUUGCCUUCAUUGUGAAUCCAAUGUCAAAAAUUGUGAGAUGUUGAUAUCGGACAUGCAACUUUUCCUCAGAGCAGCUGAUUUCUUCAUUUUCCACUCCACACUUAUGGCAUUAAAAAUUAAAAAUCACAGUACAAACUCUUUUCUUAGUUACCUCUCAGUUGCAUGCCUGUGAUAUAUGGCAUGGUUAAAUUACUAAACAAAAUAGCAAAAAGCCACUAAACAAAAAUGGAACAUACGUUGACUUCGUUUGUAAUUUUUUUGGGAAAUGUGUGUUAUUUAACUAUUAGUAAUCAAUUCAGAUUACUCUACCUUUUUUGUUAUUUGACUGUUGAAAAAAUAGAGGAAUGCCAUCUUAAAACGUCAGGUUUAUGAAUUUAGUGUUAAAUUAUAAAAAUGAAGAUAAAACUCAACACUAAAAUGAAAGUGAAUGCACAAAACUGAAUCAACUUGAACAAGUAGGUAGGUAAUAAAGUCAUUUUUUUGGUCAUAAUACUGUUGCAAAUCUUUGAAACCUAGGGAAAGGAAGAUUGCUUGAGGUUGCAAAAGUCAUUGUGGAGCAAUAAGAACUGUUGUAGAACUAAAGAAAUAGUCCUCCUGAUAACUGUUAAUGCACCUAAACUGAUAACUGUUAAUGCACGUUUAACUUAUUAAUCAGAAGAAACGUUAAUAUGGUGUGUUUCUAUGAAGUGACUGUUUGUGAUAUUUAAGUAAAUUAAGGUAUGGAGUACCGAAGUGAAUACGUCACGCGCACAAAAUGUGUGUGAAAGACAUUGGCACGUGAUUCAGCUUGUGAACCAACACGCGCGCGUACUCCAUUCGUUUGCACUACACUUUUUGGUUCUAAAUUACGUCGCACUUCGGUACUCCAUAAAGGGUCAGUUGAUUUGUACAUAUCUGAUUUCACUUAUUUGUGUUUUAUGAGAGACAAGAAAAGAUGAUUAUGUUAAAGAUGUUUUUGUUAAUAAACCACUUACCACCAAAUAUUUGGUCUGAAAGUC